GCAUCUGGGUGUAGGAGGGACCUGGAUGUGACUCAGGGGAGCUGGUGGCUGUGACUCCUGUCAUGGGGAGGGCUAAAGCAGGGUUCUGGAGCCUGUGUGCCUCCGCACCAUAAUGUUGGAGGAAUUGGUACUUCUUUUUAGGAGUCUCCAUUCGACACUUCCUCAGGCAUGGUGGGAGCACUGCUGACUUGGCUGAUGAACUACAAGCCCUUCUUGUUUGGGUUCCUAUUUCUUCUUCUGUUGCUUAGCAACUGGCUGGUCAAGUAUGAAUCUAAAGCCACUCCCUCAGAAUCCCCACAGGUUCCAGUCCAUGGUAAGGUGGAUUCCAUUGCUUCUAGGCCUCUGGAGAAGGAAGAGAAGCCAAAGACGUCGGAAGCUGGCCCCAAGAACAACAAUGCCAAGAACACGAAAGAAAUAGAGAAAAUGUAUGCCUGCUUUGCCCUCCAGGACAAGAUCCUCGAACGGCUUUUGUUCAGUGAGAUGAAGCUGAAGGUCUUGGAAAGCCAGAUGUUCAUCCUAUGGAAUAAAAUGAAUCGCUGCAGGCCGUCAAGCAGACACCAGCGUUUCCCCAGGAAGAAAUACAUACUGGAGAGGCAGAACUCCAUUUUCUCCAUCAUUUCUGAUUGUACUUCCAAUUCCCAGGCCUCCUAAGACUGAGGUGGGCCAGCCUCUGCUGAUG